AACCCACGGUCGCGUGAAAACGGACGGACACGGACGUGCACAAUUUCCCUUGGCUUUGGCUCUCUCACUCUCCCUCUCGAACGUUUGUGCUUUGUUCUCCUCGUGACGGCACUCCUGACGGCACAGAGGAGUGCUCAUCAGCGUGACGGGGAUCCAGAGAGAGCGAGGGGAUCCCGGAGACGGUGUUUCUCUCGCGACGACGGACCCGGGGGGUGCCAGAGCGUUCCGCGUGUGUGUGUGAGCGCCGUCCGUCGUGGAGGACGCGAGUCCGGCCGGAGUCCCCGUCUCUCGUCGCGCUUGGCGACCGAGAGUAACUUCCUCAAGUUACUUCAGCAUCGCGGGUGACGCCGGGCCGCCUUGGGAGCCUCGUUAAAAGAGUCUCGAGUCUCCGGCGAGGCGCGCCGCCUCGCAGUACCGCGCGUACUCCAAAGGUUAAAAGUUCGUUCGCUAUAGUUUCGCUAGUGCAGUACAAAAAGUAAAACGGUUCGCGUGGUUUAUAUCGGUACUUCCUUAGUUUGUGUUGUGUUGCAAGUUGAAAAGUUUAAAACGACACCGUAAAAAAGUUCCGCGCAAGAGAAGUCCGUUCGAAAAGAUAUAUAUAAAAAAAAAAAGAAACAGUAUGUAUCCCCACAUGUGAUCCGCAAGCAAAAAGUUCAGUUUAAGUAAUAAAGUAUAAAAAAAAAAGAGUUUCUCGAGUAAAGAAAGAGAGAAAGAAAGUCGAAAGUUUGUGAUACAAAAGAAAGUAUGUUCGACACGAUAUGGAUCGCGCGCGUUGUGCCAUCAAGAGCGAAUACCUCACAGGCUCUGAUUGACACAGGCUGAAAUCGAAAGAGAGUUCGACAUGUCCGACUCUGGUACAGACAGUACUUCGUCAGAGGGUUAUGACGAGGGCAGGAAUCGGCUCACGUCGACCGGGGACGAGGUGACGUCGUCGCGCUACUCGCAUCACUCCUCCGGAUCGGAGCGGCGAAAGUCCGCCGCGAGUUCCAUCUUCUCCGGCGGGAAGUCACCCCGGUCGCCGCCGUUGUCCCCGGGCGGCGAGUCCAAGUCGCCGCGCUCCACCCCGUUGUCGCCGAAGUCGCAGCACUCCGGGAUAAUGUCCCCCAGCGAGGAGGGCGGCUCACCGCGGUCGAUUCGCAGCUUGUCGAAAUCUCCACCGCCCCUGUCGCCGUCACCCGUCUCGCCAGCAUAUCGUCCGACGCCGGCGUCGCCGACAUAUCAGCCGAACGACGACGACGACGACUCGCCGAAGUCCUAUCAUUCGGGCAACAACUCCCUCGAUUCACCACUCCGAUCGGACCGGAGUAUGUCGCGAUCGCCCGUACAGGACAACGGCUCGUGCCUCUCGCCCUCGAACGACUCCAAGUCUAUGCGCUUCGAGGACGUCGAGUCGAAGGCGUCCGACCUCGAAGCGGAUAUGCAGAGAUCCGCCGACAACUCGUUGAAAUCGUACUCGUUCAAGAACAGCGAGUCCAGGCAAAGUUCACCAAAGUCGCCCAGAUCAGGCCCGAGUUCCGUGAAGUCCCUAAUAUCGGGCAGGAGCUCGCCGAAGUCGUUCAAAUCCGGCCCGGCGUCCCCUAUGGACGAUCAGGAGUCGGAUAAACCGUCACCGGCGCAUUCGGGCCCUCGGUCCCCCGACGAGGAGAAGAACGGGUCGUACAACGAGUUGGACGGCGAGCAAAUCUCGGAUGGCGACAUCGAGGACGAGCCGGAGCCCGUGUCUAAGUCUAAGCCCACACCGAUGACCCAUGGCGAGGAUUUGUCGGACGUGUCGGACCUUGAGAGCAUAGACGGCGCUGAAGAAUCCACCGAACAGAACGCAGAAAUAGAGAAGGCUCAAGAACAGAAUGUCAAACAGGAAAUCGUUAAUGACGAGGAAAAUAUGGAAAAGGAAGACAAAAGUGCAACAGUUGGCUUGACAGAGGAAAGCGAGCAAUUAGACUUUGAAGCCGACGGUCAAUGGAAAGACGAACGUGAUGAAGGUGAAACUGAGGCGCCUGCCGGGAAAGAGACUAAAGAGAGUACGGAGAAGGAUGGCAAAGACAAAGAUAAAGACAAGGAUAAAGCGAAGUCGAAGGAAUCUGGUGAGCUAAACGAUAAGGAAGAAGGGGAGGAGGGUGAGAAAGAGGAGUCCGAGUUGGAGGAAGGGGAGCUUAGCGACGGAGACGACGCACGGCCGGAGGAGACCGAGCCGCGGCCGGUGUGCCGCUUCUAUAGCCGAGGUCAAUGUACGUGGGGCGUUAGCUGUAGAUUUUUGCAUCCAGGCGUGACGGACAAAGGUAACUACACUAUGUUCGAUAUGGUGAGGCCUAUGGCGUACCCGCCGCACGCUGCCGCGCCACACGAGUAUAGAUCGCACAUCGACAGACCGAGUAUGCGAUCGUCGUUGCCCGGCUACGGUGCUCCCGCACACGCACCCAAGGUGGAGGAGACGCCGACCGAGUCUGCCUGGGAACGCGGUCUACGCCACGCCAAGGAAAUGAUGCGCAAGGCCAAUAAACGCAAGGAGUCGGACAUGGAUUUCGAGGAGAAAAAAAUGAACUUGAGUUUAGGACAGGACGAGCUUGACAGGGAGGCGGGCUACUAUGUGAGAGCGGCCAGUCCCGAGCCGCCGGUCGAGAGAUGGCCUUCGCAACGGGAAGCACCGCGCAGGGUAUCGUCUUCAACUAGACUUACGCCUGAGAGAUACGUUGAGGAGCCCGAAGGUUAUUAUCCUCCUCCUCCUCCUCCUCCUCCUCCGUCCGCGUCAACCGAUUAUUACAGGCGGGUGCACUACAAAGAGUCGCGCGAGUAUCGGGAACGUUUCGACUAUCACGCGGUUCCUCGCGGCGCGCACUCGGUCUCCCCGCCACCGCACAGCCGCGAUCGCGAGAGGGAACGGGAUCGCGAGCGCGAGAGGGAACGCGACUACUACGAGAAGUACGAGAAGAAGCACAAGCGGCCGUCGCGGGAGGUCAUCGUGGAGCGUAUCCCGCCGACGAAACCUUGGCGGGAGGAAGAGCCGCCCCCGGCCGAGAGGAGCAGAGGCGACGAAUGGGCGGACCCGUGGAUGCGGCGAAAGUCCCCGAGCGCUAUACGCCGCAACACCUCGUCCCGCCGGCAGCCUCGUCGGCAGUCUUACUCCUCCGGAUCUUCGUAUUCGUCAACGAGUUCUAGCCGUAGCUCCAGUCGUUCUAGCUACAGUUCUUACGACUCCCUAUCCAGGUCUCGUUCACCCUCCCCUCCGUCUAGAACCCGCUCCGCUGGCAAAAGCAAAUCCGCUGUCCUCACCUCACCACCCCCGAACAAUCCCCCCGUUCCCGCGGCCACGCCUCAGCGUGGUGCCAUGCUAAUGAAUCCUCCCGCUCCCUCUCCCCGUCCACCCAAAGGCUCUAUUUCCCCGACGACGGGUACGCUGCAUCGACGGGCCGGACUGAAUCCACCUGCUCCAAGUCCACUACUAUCGUCUCAUCGUCAUCAUGAAAAAGCCAGGGAGCAAAAGGCUGCUUUGGCUGCGGCUGCUGUGGCUAAGAUCAUUAAAAGUCGUUCUCGUUCUAGAUCGUCCCACAGCAGUUCCGGAUCGGAGAGCAGCGGAAGUAGCAGCGACUCGAGCGAAUCGAGUUACUCGUCGUCCUCGAGCGAGGCGCGUAGAAGAAAGGGUUCGACGCCGCCGUUGCCGCGCAAAGAUUCCAAGGGCAUCGACGCUCUGAAGCUGAGCGGCGCGAAGCAGCAGAUCAAGCUAACGCUGAAGCCCACGAGCAACACCACGGCGGUGAAGAAGAUCGACCGUAGUGCACUUAUCGCAGGUAAAAAGCGGGGUAUCGAGUCACCGCCGUUGAUCGACGACAAGGCGGUGGCCAAGGCCACCAAGAAGGCGAAUUCGCGGCGCGAGGAGUUGUUGAAGCAACUGAAGGCCGUGGAAGAUGCGAUUGCGCGUAAAAGGUCGAAGGUUUAAAUCCGAAUCCGAUUGAUGACAACGUUACACCCUUCGUGAACAGAGAUUGAAAACGGUAUAACAAAUAUACAUAUACAUAUAUACGAACCGAAGAAACUUGAUGGUAUAAAUUCCGACAUAUGUAUAUCGAUAUAUUGAUAGCUUUUCGAUAAUACUAGCAUUGUCAAAUUAUACAGUUAUUCAUAUAGAUAAAUUAUACAAUUUAGAUUUUUCACCUCAAUAUCGAAGCUCAUUCAAAAGCGUUUUUGCGAUGAAACGAAAGAAUCUAGAUAGAAAUAUCUUACCGAAAUUAUACAAGGUGGAUAGUAAAUAAUGUAAAAGAUUUCAGGGGAUCAUUCCUCACAUAAAUUUCAAGACGAAAAUUUUAUAUGACUACGUGCUCGAAAUGGCUUAAGUUUCAAGGAUAGAGUGUCAAAGUUGAAGGAAAAAUUUCGCUUUUUUUUUUCUAAAAAUUUCAGAAACUACUCGUGUUAUUUUGAUGAAGCUUAAAUAAUUGAAAUUGUUAAAACCGCAUAUGAGCAAAUGGGGAAAAAUAUUAGUAAAAUAUUUUUCAUAGUUCUACAUUUAUGUCAAUUUUUAAAGAAAUCGGAAAAUUACAGUCAGGUAGGUUUACUUGUAAGCCUUUUUUCCCCUUUUAUUCCACCGGCUGGUGGAUUAUAGCGCCUUCAACCUUCUUGCAAGGGUAUAUAGCGCUCGGCACUGUACUUGUAAGUCGUUUUCGAUAUGGUUACAUGAAGUUUUUGUCUUGAAUUUGGGAUGAGGAAUUAUCCUUUGAAAUUUUUUACAUUAUUUAGUAUCCACCCUGUAGAUUAUCAAUUUUUGAAAGAUAAUGCU